AUGUUUUCAUUGGAUUCGAGGGAAAAUUCUGUUACAAGUACUUCUGAUUCUGUAUCAUAUCACAUCGAACAAUGCUGCUUAGCAUUUUUAAAAUCACUAAUGGACAUCGGCAAAAAUCCAAAUGGAUACGUUAUAUUAUCCAAUCCAUGUGUGGUUGACGAUAAAGGAUAUAAGUUGAAGUUAACUACAAAAAAUCGCCGAUGGAUUGCGCAAAUGAUACGAACAGUUUCAAUGAUACAUCAGUUACGAGUGCUAAAGAUUUAUAAAACGAAACGCGAUCUUUUUUACGAGCAAAAAAAUUUGUUUGGUGAGCAGCGAAAUUUGAAUAACUCUAUUAACCGAAUCUGUCACUGGCUUGGGAUGGACCCGACUUCCGGAUAUUUACUAUCAUCUGGUCGUGGGCUCGUAAUUGGCCAGUUAAAAAUUUGUGGAAGUAAUGGAAUAGUGGAUUGUUCACUCAAAGCUACUGUCAUUGAUGAUUUUUCUUGUACAAAUCUUUUUACCACCGCACAAUGCAUAUUAGUGGUCGAAAAGGAUGCCACAUUUCAAAAACUAAUUGGCGAAGGAUUUCUGAGACUUUUCCCCAAUGUACUUCUUGUAACGGGUAGAGGUUAUCCAGAUAUUGCAACGCGAAUUAUGUUAAAGAAGCUGAGCAAUCUUCCAUUAUUUGGCUUAUUGGAUUGUGAUCCACAUGGUAUUGAAAUAGCAAUGACAUAUAAAUAUGGUAGCUGUAGUAAGAAGUUUGGUAUGGAAAACCGAAAAUUAUCUCAUUUUGAAUGGAUCGGAUUGUCACGUUGCAAAUUACCGAAGUAA